AUGGUGCAACCGACCACAUUCACACCACCCUUGCCCUCACCAAUCGUAGUAAUAUCGGACGAAAAAAUGCUAAAAAUUGAUCGGAAUAUCGUGUAUCAGCUGGACAACCGUGAACGGGGCUACCGAACGCGACGAAUACGACGAAAUGCGUCGAUGAUGUCGGCCACAACGACGAUCAUCAGUGGUGCAUGUGGCGAGCCCGUCUUUCGUCAGCUUGCCGUCGAACUGGCCGAGUUGGCGUUGAUGGAACGGUUGAAAACGGCCGAUCUGUGCGAGCCCAUUGAUGACUUGGCCAGUGAAACGGAGUCCGUGUUUAACAUUGAACAAAGCCAUAAUGGACUACUGACGGCUACCGUACAGACCAACCGAAGUGUUAACGUGUUUAAAACUUCUUCCAUGCAGAAAGUUGCGAAAUAUCCCACCGGUGAUCGGUCUGUAUGGACGUUGGCGUUCCAUCCGACGAACGAGAACAUUAUCGCCUUUGGUACGCUCGGUGGUGCGGUUUCGGUGUACGUCGAUAAUCGCCUUGCCGGCACAUUGAAUGAACCAGAACCGAUUGGAUCGUUAUGCUUUCAUCCGACGCUUAACUUUUUGCUGCUCACCAGUAUGAACGAAGUGAUCUUCUGGGAUUGGGUCAAUAACAAAACGUACACGACCGGCAUGUACAGUGACUGCAAGUGUAGGUUCCUACAUGUAACGCAGGAUUUGCGGCUCAUUACCGGAAUUACGCAAACGAAAACACAUCUGAUGGCAGGCGUAGGCAAAAAUGUGGAGGAAGUGGAACCGGAGUAUCUGAUGGUGUCGUUCCUGCGCAGUGUUAGCCUGAUGUUAGAUAAGCUCGAACUAACGCUCUCAACUCAGGUCGAAUAUCUGCUACAACUGGAAAUGAACAAGCAGUGUCUCAUUUGGAUACAUUUGUUGCAAACGAUCAACCGCAAACGAGGCGAAGUCCGGUGCUGUUCCACGGUUAGUCCUGCAGACAAGUGCACGAAAUCUAAUCUCAAUCUCACACUAAUGUCACUGAUCCGCAAGAUCGACGCGCUGGAGGAUAGGCUACUGACACGCAACACACACAACACGUCCAUCUGUAUCACGACGGAAAUCAGUCAACGUUUGUGGUCACCUGGUGCUGUAUUGUUAACACAACCGCUGAUAUACUUCAGAAACAUAUGCCAAAAUUACAUCUGCCAAGGCCAUAAAAGCUACAUAAAAUACAUAUUUGAUCUCAGUCUGGUGAGCGAAUUGCUGCGCAAGGUAUGCCAUAUGCUGUAUACCCUCGCUCCGUCGGAACUGCCGGACACUUGGGAUUACAUUUCCCAGUUAUACGGAAGGCCUCUGUCACCCGAGAAACACUGCAUCCUGCAAGCCUGGGAUCUGGAAUCAUUUCAGGGCGAUGUGGACGAUUUGCCCGAUUUCAAGGAAGAUUGGAAAAAUGUGAUCACUAUCUGUUUGAUCAACAACGACUCCAACGUUGCGAUCUCACAGUGUGAACAGUUUAUCGCUUCCGUACGGUUUCGUUCCGUGAAUGAAAUGGAAAUUAGAAGUCUUCGAAGGGAUAAUUUCGGCGAGCUGAUUUAUGCAUUUAAGUUUACUGCCAGCUUUGUAUCACUUUCCUUCUCACCAUCCGGUCGGUACGUUGCCGUUGGAUUGCGUUGCCGCCGAAAUCUCAAAUAUGCGUACAUUCUCGAUAAGGACACACGCUGGCGGAUAGGGGUCGGAUGUAAUGUUUCGAACGAUUCGAACGAUGUUUCGGAAACGGAAACAGUAUCACAGAACGAUCGUGUAGGAAUUCGACUGUGUCUACCGCUCGAUCCCGACAACUAUCUCGAGAUAAAUUGCAUAAAAUGGGCCUCCUUACCGGGGUAUGGGCUUUUGCUUGGAUUGAAAUCGAAUUUCAUUCAGGUCUGCCGGUAG